AUGGCGGUGACGGGCACCUCCGUGGCGGCGGCGGCGACGAUGCUGGCGGCGGCGGCGGCCAUCUUCAUCACCUUCGUCAUCUGCUUCUACCUCUUCCUCUGCGCCAAGCGGUACCGCGGCGCCGCCCCCACCAUCGGCGGCAUCGGCGGCGGAGGCGGAGGCGGAGGCGGAAGCGAGCGCCACGACAGGGGCCGCCCCCGCUUCGUGUUCGCGGGCGCGGGGUGCCACGGCGGCGGCGGCGGCAUGGACGAGGCCGCCAUCGCGGCGCUGCCGAGGAAGGAGGUGGGCGCCGGGGACCCGCCCGCGGACUGCGCCGUGUGCAUCGCCGAGGUGGGCCCCGGGGAGGCGGCCCGCGUGCUGCCCCGGUGCGGCCACGCCUUCCACGUGGAGUGCGUCGACAUGUGGCUGCGGUCCCACUCCACCUGCCCGCUGUGCCGCUGCGCGGUCGCCGAGGACGACGACAAGCCCGUGCCGGCGCGGGCGCCCGAGGCGGACCCGGAGUCGCCCAACUUCCCCACCAACGUCCUCUUCUUCGGCUCCCAGGACGCCGUCAGCACCCGGGGCGCCGCCGCGCCGGCGCCGGCGGCACCGCCACCGGUGACGCUGCCGCAGGCGCCCCAGGUGACGGUCGCAGGGCCCAUCGCCGGAGUCGCGGCGGUCGUGGAGGCGGCUAGAGUAGCCGCCCUACGGCGGCUGCUGGGCUGCGGCGGCGGCGCCACGCCCGCGCCGACGCCGGCGCAGCAGCAGCAGCAGCAGAACCAAGACUGCGACUUGGAGUCCGGGCUCGGCGGCGGCGAGACCAGCGGGUCGCCGCCGGCGAAGCCGCAGUAG